AGGCUGCACCGGACCUCAACAGCCAUGUUUGCUAAUUUAAAACCCAAAGGUUAGGGAAUAGUUUAUAAUUUAUCGCUGUGUCAUCUUCACCCACGCAUACCCGUUAAUACGAAGGGAGUUUAGAGCCGUCUGCGCCUCCGGAAUCCAAGGACUAAAACAGAAAUAAGAUGGACUCAAAUAAUCAUUUUAACUAUGGCACAUCAAACUCAGGACUGAAACUCUCCUCAGGGGAUUCUCUUUAUACUAACGGGUCCUCCAUGAGUUUUUCUCAGCAGGGGAAGAAUUUGAAUGGCGAAAUGAAUGUGAAUGGCGUCACUACUGUACUCGGGUCAAAUGUGUCUGGUUCCCACCCCCCAUCAACUCCUUACCCACACAUGAGCAGCCACCACCAGAGCGGUGUGAGCUACGACUACUUAUGGGGAGGACACUCUCAGUAUGGCCCAGGCAUGGGCACAUCCUCGGGGCAGGGGUUGCAUCAGAAGCAGCCGGCGCCUGGGAUUGCACAGUCUCAGUCACAGCACCACUUCCAGAGUCACGGACAGUACCAACUGAACGGGGGAGUGGAAGCCGCCCACCAGUCCCCCGUCCCAGGCCAAGCAAACAUUCCGCUAACAGGCAAUAGUCAGUAUUGGAACAGGAGUAGCUCCAGCCCACAGCAGAUGAGUUAUAAUUCCCCCAGCAUGUAUGGGACCUUCCAGAGUCAAUCUCAUCCUGGCGUUACACCUUCUCCACAUCACCAGCAGCAGACAGUACAACAGCCCGCUCAUCAACCAUCUCAGCAACCCCUUCUGUCCCACCAUCAGCCUCACCAUCACCACCAGCAGCAGCAGCAUUAUAGCAUGAUGACGAAUGGGAUGCCCUUCUACCAGCAUCAGUCCCAGCCCCCCUCGAUGCCAUCUGCCCAGCAGCAGCCACCACAGCAAUCUCAGCCACAAUCCCAGACUCACAUGAUGCCCCCAGCUGCCCAGAAUUUCACUCCACCACGUGGCAGCCCGCAGCACCACAGCUUAGGCAGAGGGAGCAGCAGUAGUCCCUUGCCUGUGGGGUUGUCACAAACACCAGUUGUGUCACCACCAACACAGGAUAGUGGAUCACCCAAAGGUCUCAGCAGGGAUCGAAGCCCUCACACUAGCAGUGCAGAGAUGCCUUCUCCACUGCAAGGUCUUUCACGGGAAGCUGUCAAGGAGGUUGAUUCAAGCCAUACUGGUCAUGAAAGACCACCUAAUGUCCAGAGGUCCCCGAAGACCGACAGUUACCAACUCAAACCUUCUGCUCCUCAUGCGAGUCCUAAAAGUGAUUAUUGUCCAUAUUCAGAUCAACCAGCAACUUUGCAUCCAGAAGUUAAACCCCCUGUCAGGGAUGCCCUUUUUUCCUCAAAUCUCCAACAUAUGUCAUCUCCUCUUUCUGCAUCAAAUGUAGGGACCACCAUUUCUCUUAUGAAGGCUUCAACACCGCCAGGGGUCUCUACUGCCUCAGGACCUCCCGUAGUUUUAUCCGAUGAUGUGGAAGUGCCCUUUGUUCCAUCUUCUGUUGCUCCUUCCAGAAUUUCCUCACCUCCCCUUAUAGUUCAAGGCCUGAGGUCUCCUACUUCUGGAGCAUCUGAAACAUCUAUCCUAGGAUUCAAGCAUUUGCCACAGGGGCACUCUUCCUCUCGGCCUCAAUCAUAUUCAAACCUGUCAAAUGAGAGCAUGUCUAAACUUGGAGCAGUUUCUUCAGGACUUCCAGCCUCAUCUUCAUCCGAGUCUUUUGUUGAUCAAACAAAGUGUUUACUGCCUCCUACGUCCUCUAAACCGCCUUGUAUUUCCCCUCCUGCCAUAGUCUCCAUUGCUUCUCACUCAGCAACUAUUACAUCUCAAGAGAUGCAGAUGGUUCAUGGGUCCAAGCCGGGUUUGCCACCUUCUGUCACCAAUGUAUUUGGAGGACAGCAUGAAAUACCUGCUCCCCCAAGGUUGAUAUCUGCUCCUUUAUCUUUGAGUGCAAAUUUCUCAUCUACCAUUGUAGCUUCCUCUGAGAGUUUAGCCUCUGCACCUUUACCUUCGACAGUACCGGUCUCCAGUUUAUCUACAUCUGCUGCAGGAACCCCUUUAGUCAGAAGCAAACAUUCUGAACCAACUUCAGCAUCCCAGUAUCGGAAAAACACUCCUCCAUCUGUUGACAGAAGUCUUUCCACUGCUUUUGCAGCCUUGACACCACCAAGGUUGGUAAAGGCACCCUCUCUCCCAGCCCAAACCAGCUCUCCAGUCCGACCUCCAUUCACCCUACCUCUUGUAACCACUCAAGCCUCCAGGACUGCAUCCCUGUCCAACCCUCCUGCCUUGGUGUCCAUGCCUCCGGUGAUGGGUACGUCUUCUAAAUCUGUCGGAAACUCUGACACUGAGCAGCAUCCACCAAACCCCACAACUCCUUCUAUGUUAGUGCAGUCGGCUCUAAAGUCAGAGCAGCAUGUUCUCAGUGAGGACAAGAGGACCGUGGAAAAUAAAAGAAAUGGAAAAGCAGAAGGCAACUUAAAACAGCUGGAUUCAGACCUAAAGAGGACAUCUCAUGUGACUGUGGUUGAAACUAAGAAGCAAGAAAUCUGCCCAUAUAAAUCCCUCACCGAUCAGCCGGGAAAACCGUUACAAACCUCUGAACAAAAUCUCAGAAACCCAUCAACAGAUUUAGAGAAGCAGCACGUGAAGAGCAGCAUCCUCUCAGAGGCAGAGGACACUCCUGUGGUAUCUACUCCAAUCGGAAAGCCCCCACAUCUCAAAAGCACAAAGUUACAACAUGAAAUCAGUGAACCAGGUUUUGAAAGCUCUUCUGAUACGUCCUGCUAUUACGAUGACAAGUCAACAUAUAACACCCCUUCCAGACUCUGUGUCAGCUCCAUCUUAGAAAAGACGUCUCAUAUGGGCGCUGACGGCUCCUUUUUAGGUGAUUCUACUCACUUUGACACCUCUCAGUUUGACAGCACGUCCUGUGCUGAGGAGGAACAAUCUGCCACAUUUGACAGCUCUGGAGAAGGCAGCUUCUCAGCGGAGGACUCCAGAGACGACACCAUGGAGUCGACCAGGGAAGAGGAAACCUCCGAGGCGGAAGUGACGAGAAACAGCAGCCAGGUCACAGAAGGUUCGAUGUUGGAGUCGUCUCUAAAUGCCAGCACUCAGACUGGAAAACGUCCUGUUGACUCAAGUCAUGUGAACAACCCACAUUUAUCUGGAUCAUCUCAACCAGUUCUUCAGGAUUCUGAAGGAGACUGGGAACCAAGUGGACAUGAUACACCAGACUCGGCUGGACACGUCCACCACAUUAAGAACAACGCUAAUGACACAACAACCCCGAGUUUCCCAGUGAAUGAGGACAACUUUGUCGGCUUUGGUACGCCAGUAGAAGGUGUCGUUGUACACCCAGUCCAACCAGUAGCCGAGCAGACUGGAGCAGCUGUAGGAGAUCUUUUGAAAACCCCAGGGAAACCACGCAGACCUCGAGCUCCAAAGGCAAUACUGCUCAACACUGCAGCUCCUGAGGAGAAUGUGCGAAAGCCUCGGAUUCGAACUCCAAAAGCGGAGAAGACAAAGGCUGAUGAAGACGUAGCGAUGAAAGAGGAAGGAGCAGUGGGCAGAAAGAGGAAGAAAACUCUCAAGGUUGAUGUUAAAGAAGCGUCAGGGGACAAUGACUCUCUCGCACAGGAGGUCGAUCCAAUAACCGCUGCAAUUGAUGCUGUUCUGGCCAACGCUUCUGCUCUCAGCACAGUAGUGGAGAAACCCAAGAAGAUGAAGCGGGCCAGAAAACAAGACCAAGAUGGAAACGAGGCGGGUACUCGGAAACGGGAUGCAGAAACCACCGCUGAUGAUGCUGAUGAAAACGAUGACAGCUCCAUUGCAGGUGAAUCAAACAGAAGACGGGUUGCAACAGAAGAACAGGUCCAGUUCCCGCUGCAGCACGGUUGGAGAAGGGAGAUUCGUGUGAAGAAAAUGGACAACCGCAUGAAGGGGGAAACUUGGUAUUACACUCCGUGUGGAAGGAGGAUGAAACAGUUUCCAGAAAUUAUCAAGUACCUCAAGAAACACUCGGAUGGUGUGGUCUCCAGAGAACAUUUCAGCUUCAGCCCACGCAUGCCUGUUGGAGAUUUUUAUGAAGAGAGAGAAACGUCCGAGGGCUCAAAGUGGGUCCUUCUAGCUAAUGAGGAAGUCCCAUCAAUGAUCAUGGCCAUCACCGGUCGGCGUGGUCGACCUCCAAACCCUGACAAAGAGAAACCUCGCCGUGUUAUUGGUCUAAAGGGAGGGCAAGCUCGCCGCCCAGGUAGACCCCCUAAAUUCAACGCGGUUGACCUCCUCAGCAAAGUUGAUGCCAAGCUGUUAAAGCGACUUGAGGCCAAGGAAGCUCUCACAGAGGAGGAAAAGGAGAAACUAGCAAAAAUCAAAAAAAAGAUGAAAAGAAAGGCCAGAAUGAAGAGAAGGGAGGAUUUAAAGAUUAAGAAGAUGAAAGAGGAGAAAAAGAAAGCCAAGCUCGAGCAAGAUGUCAAACAUCUCGAAGCCGUUGCCGAACCGACAGAGCCAGCUGCAACACAGCUCACGCAUCUGGAAUCUGCCGCGGAGCCCAAAAGGCCUGGCCGCAGGAGAGCAGUCAAAGUGGAAGCCACGUCACCCGUCCAACAGCGGUCUGAGGAGAAGGUGGUCCAGAGUAACAGGGUGGUGAGCGCUCGGAGCAAAGCCAAGGCCUUGGCUAAAGCCCAAGCAGAGGCAGAGGCAGCCGCUCAAGCCGCUCUGGCAGCAAAGAGGGCAGCAGAGAGGAGAGUUCAGGCACAGAGACGUCUGGAGGAACGGAAGAGGCAGCAGCUGAUUGCAGAAGAGCUGAAGAAGCCAACAGAAGACAUGUGUCUCACUGAUCACAAACCUCUGCCAGAGCUGUCCCGCGUUCCGUGUUUGGUUCUUUCUGGAACGGCGUUCGCACACUGCCUGGCUGUGGUUGAGUUCCUGCGUGGUUACGGAAAGAUAAUUGGCCUCAAUGUGCCGAAGGAUAUUCCCAGCCUUUCUACCCUGCAGGAAGGUCUGCUUGGUCUGGGCGACAGCCAAGGAGAAGUCCAGGACCUUCUUAUAAAGCUGGUGGAGGCAGCACUUCACGAUCCAGGCCUGCCAUCUUAUUACCAAUCAGUGAAGAUACUUGGGGAGAAGCUGGUUGAUUCGGAGCUGACCCGCAGUACAGUCUCAGAAGUCCUUCGCAUCUAUUUGGAGUCACACGGCUAUGAGACAGAAGUUUGCAACACGCUGCGGACCAAAACCUUUCAUGUUCUGCCUCCCGACACCAAGGCGGCGAUCCUGGGUUUCCUGGUGGAGGAGCUAAACAGCAGCAAUAUUGUGACGAGUGACAUUGACAACACAUUGGAGAACAUGUCAACCUACAGGAAGAAUAAAUGGAUUAUUGAGAGAAAACUUCGAAAAUUGAAAACGUUGCUGGCACGUCGCACAGGACGCUCUGAGGAGGAGCUGUGCUUUGAGGAGAGGAGGCGCAGUUCCAGAGUCGCAGAGGAAGAGAACUUUAGUCUGGAGGAGAGCGGUUUAGUGCUUGAGAGAGGAAGCAGGCGUGCACGCAAAGAAGAACCCAAGCUCAGUGAUAGUGAGAGCCCUACCACUGCCAGCAUUCCUGAGCUUGAAAGGCAGGUAGAUAAGCUAACUAAGCGUCAAGCGUUUUUCCGUAAAAAGCUGCUACAGUCUUCUCAUUCCAUGCGGGUCAUCAUGCUGGGUCAGGACCGUUACCGCCGCAGAUACUUGGCCCUUCCUCACCUUGGAGGAGUUCUGGUGGAGGGACCUGAGGAGCUGCUGACUUCAGGAGAAGUCUUUGUUGCUGAGGUGCCCGUCACCUUCCUCAAAAAGGAGCCCAAAGUUGAAGAGAUCUCAGUGCCAACUGCUCCACCCCCUCCUGCUCCAGCUUCUACUCAGUCUUCUGCUACCCCAAGCCAAACUCAUAUAGCUUCUGUGGAAGAUGACCCACUUCCUGGCACCGCUUCCCUUAUGAGCACACAAAGAGGCCGCGGACGCCCUCGAAAAAUCAAACCAGAAGUGGAGCUUCACCUGCGCACAGCGAAAAUCCGCCGCCGACGUCGAAGCAGCAUUAGGUCUGUGGGAGAGGAAGGGCCGGGGUCACCGAACAGCGGUUUGCUAGACCUGACGCAAGCCGCCUUUAAGAGCUGGCUGAGCCAGUCACAGGAUGUUAUGUCCAACGGCACCUGCUCAGCAGCAGGAGAUGCUCCUGAAGGCAAUCGACCAGAGGAGAGCAUCAAAGAGAUGGCAGAGAAACAAGGACAGUGGUUUAAUCUUCUCCCCAAGCAACCGUGUGACGAUAACUCUCUGACUGAGCCCCAAACAGCCACUUCACCGAGUUCACCCCCCAAACUUCUCCCUCAGGUCCUGAGUGCUCUGCCUGCACUUGCUGCUCCCAUCAUGCAGCAUGACCCGCUCCUGCCUACUUUGGCUCCUGCUGACCCUGUGACUACAGCAGCUCCACAGGAUAUCACUCCAACAGAUCCUGUUCACGCUGUACUGACAUCUGCUCCACCAACACCCUCUCAGCCUCUGCCAGCUUCCAUUGCCCCACCUCCAGCUGCUCCUGUUACUCCUGGAAGGCCAGGUCGUAGGCGCAGGAGAGGAAGCAGAGGAAGUAGUCCUGCCCGCAGGGGACCCCGUGGAGCAGCCGCAAAACGCCGUGGCCGCCCUCCCAACGCUGUAUUCCAGGAACUGGAACAGCAGUAUUUCACACAACUGGUGGUGAAACCCAUACCAGCAUCAAUGGUCCGUGGAUGGUGGUGGAUCAAGGAUCCAGAGGAACUCUACAACACGUUACAGUCGCUCCAUCCAAGAGGCAUCAGGGAGAAAGUUCUCCAUAAGCAUUUGGCCAAACACAUGGAGAGCCUAGCUGAGAUGUGCACCAAACCUAUAAACGACCCAAUAUUUGAGCUGAAGACUGAGGACAAAGAUGUGUUACUGGAGGCUCUGCAGCAGCCCUGGCAGGUGCAGGAUAAAGCGAUGGAGGUGGAUGUCAGCGCCCUUCAGUGGGUGGAGGACCUUGAGCAGAGGGUCAUUGCUGCUGAUCUACAUUUGAAGGCGCCUCCUCAGGGUGCAUUUAAUGAUGCUGAGAGCACCACAGAAACACCAGUGACAGAAUUUCAGCCUUACACAAUCCCAGAUCCAGACUCGAAACGUGACGACCUACAGUACUAUGAGCAUGAUGUGGACCCCCGCGACGACUGGAUCGUGCGGACAAAGAAGGAGUGGUCCGGUUUGCCUCGCAUCGCCACGCACCCGCUUGAUCUGGCCGUACUGCGGCUCGCCAACCUCGAGAGAAACAUCGAGAGGCGCUACCUGAAGGAGCCACUGUGGAACCCGUCUGAAGUGAUGCGCCUCGCUCCCCUCACCCCAACACCAGGAGAAGAGCUUUCACUGGAUGUAUUCAGUCUGGAGAGUGAAAUCACCUCUCGACUCCGAACAUGGCGGCAGGCUCUGGAUCGCUGUCGCAGCGCUCCACAGCUCUGUCUUUCUUUAUUUCAGCUAGAGAAGGCCAUUGCUUGGGAGAGAUCCGUUACAAAAGUGACCUGCCAGGUUUGCCGGAAAGGGGACAAUGAUGAGUGCCUGCUGCUGUGUGAUGGCUGCGACCGGGGUUGCCACAUGUACUGCUUGAAGCCCAAAAUCACCCAGGUUCCUGAAGGGGACUGGUUUUGUCCAACCUGUGUCCCUAAGAUGGAAGGCGAGUUGCAGGACCCGUCCAAUAAGCGCACCAGGGUGAAGAAGAGAAGAUAUGAAGAGGACAGCUCUGAGGAUGAGACAACAAGAAGACGCAGCGGCGGCAUGACGACACGGCACAAGGAGACACCCACACCUUCAUCAUCCACCCGUUAUGCUGGAGAAGGAGCCGGCAGUAAACGUCGGCGCAUGACUACACGCAACCAGCCAGACCUCACCUUCUGCGAGAUCAUUCUGAUGGAGAUGGAGGCUCAUGCAGACGCCUGGCCUUUCCUCGAACCCGUAAAUCCCCGACUGGUACCGGGCUACCGCCGCAUUAUCAAGAACCCCAUGGAUUUCCUCACCAUGAGAGAGAGACUGCUACAGGGAGCCUACUGCAGCUGUGAUGAGUUUGCGGCGGACGCUCAGCUGGUCUUCAACAACUGCGAGCUGUUCAACGAAGACACGUCGGAGGUGGGGAUGGCGGGGCACUCCAUGAGGUGUUUCUUCGAGAGCCGCUGGGCGGAGUUCUACUCAAACAAGGACAAAUAGGAGCGCUUUAAUGUGGCGCUCUAGACUGUUGGUGCUCUGCUGCCCCAGCCUCACUCUUCAGUACUGCUAAACUGCCUGGAGUCCUGCUCCAGGCCCAUGUAUUAGCUCAUGUAUAGGUAUAUAUGUAUAGAUUUUGGCUCUUUGUCUGUUAUUGUUUCCUCGACAGGUCGAUUCUUUUCUACAGGCAUCCCCUCCCUUCAGAGUGACAGCGUGUCUGUCACUGUUUACCUUCCGUGUCUCCUCAUCUUCACCUCGACCCCUCGUCUUGUGUUCUUCCUGUCGCAUCUCAUCACAAGCUUUAUGUCAGAGCGAGGUCGCUUGGUCAGUUUCAGCUCCGGGCUGAUGGACCGGCCUCAGGUCCUCUCACACUGAAGGUCGGAGUCUGACCACAUUACUGCAUCCUAUUAUCUCCCAUCAGGACCUGCUCUGCACCACCCUGCAACUAAAUGGAUCCAGACUCUUCAGAACAUUUCUUACCUGUUGUUUGGAAAUGUAAUGUAAUGUGGUCUUAUGCCUAGGAGUAAUUUUUUCAAUGGCUCACUAUAUUUUUAUUAUAUAUUCUAUAUAUAAAUAUAUAUAUAAAGAUUACAAUAGCUGGGAUUAUUUAAUAGCAAUAGCUCGUAGUGAAUGUGUACAGGCGACCCAAUAGAGAGAUGCUUAGACAUUUUAUGAAAAAAGGCCAGUGCAACUUAAAGGAAUCUGUUGUUGGACUGUCACCGGUAGAUGUUGUAUAACCUCCACUUAAAUUCUCACACGCAUACACACACGACGCUGUUUUUAACCAGUGUACACAUGAAUUCACCACAGCCUCACCUGCUGCUGCUGCUGUGAGAAAGAUUCAGAAGCUGGAGGGUUUUUAGAUUUGGUCAAACGUAGAUUCUUAGACUUCGUUGUCUCGCCUGUGAGAAGCGAACGUUCAGGUAGCUGCACCCGAUCCGUCUGCGACCAAAACAAACAUUUUAGCACCUGUAAAUAGGCUGUGUUGGUUGGACACUAGGGGAAAGUUUGCUGUUGUCAUUUGCAGGUUUUAGGACUGUUUUUGCAUGUUUUACAUAAAUCUGCAGCUCCAAGUCCUGCUCUUGAGCAGGGUUUAAAUUAAAUCUCACAUUUUGUUUUUAGCUCACAUGAGCAGAUAAGUAAAUUGCUAAAAUAGACUGAGUCUUAUUUAAAGACUAGAACUGCAGAAGAGCUCAUGGAGUACUGGGCACAUUUCUGACUUUUUCUGUGUUUUACAUUCCUUUUUAUUGAUUUUUGUGCCGUACGUGGACCAACAUACGACGCUGCACGUCACGGUUGGUUUGCUGCGAAGUUGCCAGGAUGACUCCACAGUCCGGGUUUUAUUUAAACUUGCUCCUUACACUGAACUUUUUUUUUUGUUCUUUUUUUUUUUUCAGAAAAUGUAAAAAAACAAAACAAAAGACAUGACAACCAAAUGUGGUGUUAAGUGAAUUUUUAAUAAUGUACAGUUUUGGUGACUUUAAAUUUGAUUCUUUAUAUUUUUAGGACCAAUUCAUCAUUUUUAAGAGGAGGUAUUACAGGACUCUGUUGUAUUAAGGUAAUGUAACACGUGUGCAUCUGUAGAAUGUACUGUGAGUUGAAUAAAAACACUUGUUAGAGAUUA